AUGAAGCCAGUUCAGGGCUCAUCUGAACCAAUCAAUCCAGACACCGGGAGUAAGGCGACUGCCAAAGACCGAGCGACCCCGGGAUACCUCAAAGGCUCAGGUCGUCAAAAGCAAAAAGCCCCUCCAUCCCAGUCUUCGGAGUCGAAGAUUGUGCGACUGAAGUUCACAAAACCAAGGCCACCCAAACCCAAACCCCAAGAAGUGGACUGGGAUGAAGAUCUGCGUCCUACACCCAAUGAGAUAGCUGAGAAUAAAGGGACCCAUGGAGGGACCUCCGUUGCCUAUACAGACCCGAAGCGACCGAAGACAGUUGGCAGAAACACAGGAAGCAAGCGAGCAAUGGAAUCAAAGCCACAAACGACCUCGGCCAAACGCAGGAAAUCGAACAGGAAGAGCACUACUACCAAGGAGGGCAGCAACGGAGGGCCACAAUUGCCAUUGAUAACACUUACUGCAAGCGCCUUGCCUCCUGCAGCCCCUCUAGGUAAUAACGGGCUUUCUGAUAUGGGCCCCUUGGACGGGCAAAGCAAAGAUUACGCCACGAAGCUAGAUGGCCAUGUGCCCGAAGCUUUGAACCAACCUUCGCUACCGACAGAUGGCCACAACAAGCAUGGAAAUAACAGCGAGCGAGGUGUGAUCGUCGGGAUAAGAAGCUGCACAUCGGUGACAACUGAGUCAUCCUCGGAUUUCGAAGACCAUGGCAAAGGGCCAUCCCGUACUUCAAAAGUCAGCAUCCUGGAGCAUCGGGCACAGUCCAAUAGACAAACAGAUAAAGGCAAAUCUGUCUAUGUGAUGCCCGAGGUAUCCUCAAGUUCCGACAUCGACCUCAAAGGACCGUCUCGCAUCACUCCUUCAAAGGUCACCAUCCUGGAGUCAAGGGCACUUCCAAAGGAACGAAGCAGCCAGGCCAAGACGGUUCAUGACAAGAGUCAUCCCAAAAAUGGUGGUAGAGCACAGAGUGUUGGCAACAAGCUGAUGCUUGCGCUCCACGGAGCAGAGCCUUCUCAUUACGAGCCAGUCAAUGACCGAAAUGCACCUCUCAUCAUUUCCUCCGAUUCAGUGCAACCCCAGGAAUCUCCUAGAAAGCAGCAGUCUGACCAAAUGCCGAUCGAAACAGUGUUGGAAUCCUCAGAUAUUCGAAGAGUACUGGACAAAGCAAUUCCUGUUGAAAUACCCCCGAACCAAACCGAGCCUGAGACUGUCAAUCCAGCAUUGAUUACCAAAACACUUCCGCCUAAGGAAGAGAAGAUAGAACAGCUGGAUGACGCAAGCUUCUGGAAGCUCCUGGGCGAUGACAGAAUGUCCACUCCAGCGAGUUCUUCAGAAUUUGAAGCCGGCAGAGGCUUGAUGGGAAACAGCCCUUCAAUCCUUGAUUACCACAUGGAAAUGGAACAUAUCCCCGGAUUUGCAACCCUGCAGCCCAUGAGAUCCGCACCGACCACCCCUUCACACGCCACUAACAUUUACGAAAGCCAGGCAGACAGUUCGGGGAUAUCAGAGGUAGGAAAACUCAAUGAUCUCAUAGCAGGGAUUGAGGGACGCGAGGGUAGCCAUACCCCGGAGUCUCAAAAGCCACUUCUCACCAAUGAAUCCCUAAUGGAACCGAAUUAUGCAUCUCCCCAUCCCCCAAAAUCAGUCAUGAGGACCAGCAUUGUCGACGGUAACGGUAGUCCUCGACUCAUGCCUCAGUCAGCCAAGAGCAUGGUUUCGCCUCAGUUUGAUUUGGACGGCGAAAGUGGCCACGAAGAGACAAUCAUUGUCACUCACACCAGUCCAAGUCAAUACGAUCGAAGCUCAUGCAGUAUCUCUACUGAGAGUAAAUAUGAAGGGCUCAUGUGGACCAAGUUUCAGAGAGACAUAUUCCUGGAAUAUGGGAUCCAAACGGAAAAACUGGCGAAAUCUCAUCCAUGGCCACCGCCUAAAAAGCAUCGCCCGUCGUUCUCCCAGGAGGAUACUGCUGAUGGGGCCCACUCCGAGAAAGCAUCGACGACUGGACCAAGUUCUUCCCAGAGAACGAUCGACGAGAGAGCAUUAGGCAGCGCUCCAAAGAAUCACGAGUAUCUUGACCAAUCGUCCCGAACAGAUAUAUCAGGGUCAACACAGUCAGCUGAUAAAUCGAAUCAAUCCUCUGCAAGGGGUGAUCAUGAUGAUAUGGAAUGGAUAUCAACUUUGCAAGUGGCGCAGAAAGACGCGCACCACCUGCUUCAACAAACCAAUUUGAAUUUGUCCACUCAGCUGGCGGCAGAAAAGGCCACUAUCAGUCGAGUCCUGGAGAUCUACCGAGAGGGAUGUAGUCGGAUCCUUGACGACCUGUUCCAGGCGCAAGAAGCACGAAUGCAGCUAUACCGACAGCAGAUGCAAUAUGUUAAGGAACAGCAUGCAGAUAUAUGUCAAGACCUGGUUCGUGGACUGCAGGAGCUCGACCGUCGGGUGCAACAAGGGCCAAUCUGA